AUGUCGUUCUUUGGCUUCGAUCCCACUCGCGGCCAUGAUUCGGCCGCACCUGGGUUUUCCCAGGCUGCGGAUCCCUUUUCAGGUCUCUCGGGAAACAACGUCGAUGACGUCCUCGAAUUCGAAGAUACGUACGAUGGCCUUGGUGACCAGCUCGACGAAACCGACGAUGCUUUCAACGACGAUACCUUUGGCGGCGGUGAUGUCGGCCCAGCUGUGAGCAAGGUUGGCAAGGAUUUCGACUUCUUUGGGCAGACUGCGAAGGUCGCCGGGGCUAUCGAGGAGGAGCAUCUUCGGUUUCAUCGUCAAGGACCAACCGUCCGCUCAGGCGCAAACCAAUCUCAGGCGGCUUAUUAUGGCGCUCAGCCAGUUCAGCCGGCCCCCCGACCUGCGCGGACUGGGUAUGAGAAGUACAAGGAACCCGAGCAGAUGCCUGAUUUGAACGUGGAUAGAAGCAUUUGGGGCAUGGCUCCCGCAAAGUCACCCGCCCAAACUGCUUCUGUCCCCAAGCCUGUCCAACCUGUCCAACCCAGCAGAAAAAUGAUGAGUCUUGAGGAAGUUGAGGCUGCUAUGCGUCAACAACCAAAGCAAGUAACCCCCCAACCUCAAGCGCAUCUGCAGGAGGCGCCCCCGUAUGCUCAGGCACCUCCUCCAGGCUAUCAAUCUCAGCAACCCGCUCAAGCUCCUCAUGGACAUGGUCAACCGGUUACCAUUCUACAGCGUCCGCAGAAUAUUCAAUCGAAACCCACUCCUCCUGUUACAGAGGCCUCAGCUCCAACUCAGCAGCGCCAGCAACCUCAGCCGACGCAGAUUUUGCAAAAUCCAAACCGAGGUGGCGGGGAUGUAAUCAGGGCAGAGCUUGCUGGUACCCAGCCCACUGCUCUCCCAGGAUCCCUGCCCAAAGGAAGUCAGCAUCAGGGACCUCUCCAGUCCCUCCAGUCCCACCCGCAAUUUAAUCAACUAUCCGAGGAGGACAAGGCUGCUUUCUUGGAUCAGGAAACCAAGAGAGCAAAGCGCAACCACAAGAUCUGGCUUCUGUCAAAGGACAACGGUUUAAUGACCCCUCAGGACAAGAAUUUCAUUACUCGUAUUCAGCUUCAACAGCUUGUAUCUGCUACUGGAAACCCUGCCGAGCAAAGCUCCGAUACCUCUCUUAUCGAGGACUUCUACUAUCAGGUGUACAGUCACAUCAGGGCUGGCCAACGUCAAAAUCCUAGCCAGCCACUCAGCAACUUCGCUCAAACCUAUCUUUUCCAAACUGGAAGCCGACAUGGUGGUAUGCGCAGGCACGGCAGACCUGCUGAGAAUCAUUUCCAGCGCAUGGAGCAGCAGGUUCAACGGGCCGUGGAGGCCGCUAAGAAUAAGCCCAAGAACCCACAGCUUGUUAUCGCAGGAAGCUUGGGCAAGAUUUCAUUUAGCAAUGCCAAGACCCCUAAGCCACUUCUCAAUAUCAAGAGAACCGAGGCUGAAACCAGCCGUCCUGGUGGUGGAAAAAAGACGGACUCUAGUGGUGACGGUCACGCUCGAAGGGCUGCCCUACGCAACGCCGAGAAGGUCUAUGACACUCUCAUGAAGAUCGAGGAUCAUGUUCGAACGAUCCCACCACCUCCCACCGACCAGGUAGACGAGGAACUGCACCAGAAGCAUAUGGAGUGGAAGGCCACCCUGGACGCCCUCAACGCCAGGCUUUGGGACCAGUUGCAGGUUCACCAUCCGGUUGAUGUUGUCGUUCCUCACCCCUUUAUCGCUUUUCUGUCUUGCGCCAAGGGCAAGAAGGCAAUCCCCCGCAUCUUCCCUCAUCUGGAUUUCGAGAAGCGCACGACUAUUUUGACUUUGAUCAUCUAUCACUUGGACCAGUUGGAUGUUGUCCAAGGCGCUGUAACCAGCGGCGAUACCAUUCUAAACUCACAGAUGCGUGAAAACAUUGAACUUUUCAUUUCGACUGUUAUGCCCUCGUUGAUGCAGUACUUCAACGAUACCGGAUUAGACAUUGUUGACGGAGUGCUUAAUCUCGUCGCCAUGAAACUCCGAGUUGAUAUGAUUGCCGGAACUCGGAUCGGUGUGUCCAUGCUGACCCUAAUCCUCAGCCGUGCCGUUCUUCUUAAGCAGACCGGCGCCGGGGAUGCUGAGCAAUGGGAGAAGUGGGACCAUACAUUCGAGACACUGUUCAACAAAUUAGAGCCUUCAUUGCCGCAUAUUUUCCCCGGCAGCGUCAAUACUGGCGAAGAUGUUUAUGUCUGGCAACUCCUCGCUGCGAUGGGAGUCAGCGCAAACCAUGACCAGCAAACAAGGCUGGUUCUUGCUGUCAAGGACCGCGUCAUGAACACCGUGUCUCUUGCAAAGACACUGCCGCCCGCUAUGGCUAGCGAGCGCCUGAGCAGUGUCAAUCUCUUCAUGCGCUCCAUCGGCUUGGAUGUGGAGUUACUGCAAUAA